GUGUUGUGUCUGGUUUGGCGGGGAGGGGUGGUUGUCGCGGAACCCCGGGGUGUCGGGGAGAGAUACCCUAGGGGUGAAACACUUCUACUCUGACCUGUCGACUGGAGUGGUGGGGUAUAUGUGUGCAAGUGCUAGCCCCGGGAGCCCAUGAGCGGGUUCCUAGGGGUGAGCCUACGCGCACAUUCCCGCCACAACAGGCAACACAGGAGCUAUCUUACCAUGCUUGCGAGCCUACUCAGCACAAUCGCUGUCGUUAACGACUAUGCGCAGGGGGGUGGCGCCACUGUCGUAGGAGUAAAUUUAGCUGGGGUCUGUAUGGGAGCUCUGCAGCUACCCCUAGUUUUUAUCUCACCACGCUGAAAUAGCACUUUUUAUAGUUUGCAUUAUGGAGAAUCUUUUAAAUAUCAAUAACAAAACUAAAACCAACACCGCGUCAGCGGCGAAGAGACCCGAAAGGGUAGAAGUGCGUGAGGGCGGGAAGUCUGCUGACGGACCCCCGAUCGCUGUAGAGAGUGGGCUACCGAGUUCCGGUGAGGAGCAGAGCAGUCUACAGAGAAGAACUGGGCAGGGUACUCCGGAUGUCCUACAACUGGAAGGCCUGUCGCUAAGUGAAGAAGCGGAGCUGCUGCGUUCACCGAAGAGGGGGGUAACCGAAAGGGAGGCCACACCUGCGGAGAACGGGCCGUUCUAUAAGUAUCAGUCCAAGGCCCAGAAAAAGAAAGCUAAGGUUCUGAGGAGAAAAGCUGCGAUUGAUGGGGAAAGGGGUGGCGUUCCGGUGGUGGAAUUUAAGGGGGACGCCAAACCUGGCCCGAGCAAACGCGGCCUCAAGAUGAAGAGGCAGAGUACUGAUGAGGGUCGUUCGGAGCGUCCUCCGGCGAAGCGCCAGAAUCAGGGCAGGGCGGCUGCAGAUGGACCACGGAACGUCGCUAGGGCGAACCGAGGUCUGGCUGUGGCUGUCGGUCGUGAGGAUGGGGCUCCGGUGGAUGAGGCUCUGGCGAAGCUCAUCAGGAAGAAGCUUACGCAGUUGAUAGAGGUGGUCGUCCUGCAGGUAGUACGGGGGGAGCCAGGCGUAGUAGCACCAAGGUUCGCUGCGUCGGGUUUGGUGUCGGAAGGAUUUUUCCUUGUGACACCAAAGUCGACGGAGUCUAGGGACUGGCUGCUAGGUCAGGACUUCGGGGAGCUGGACGGACACCGAAUCAUCGUGCGCAAGCUGGAGCAGACUAGGGUGCAAGUUUGGGUGCCGGGUGAUGCGGAUACGGAGUAUGUAAAGGAAUUCCUUUACGCUCAGAAUCCGGAUCGCCGGGAUCUCAAAUUCCUGGAGUGGAAGGCUGCGGGCAGGGAUGCUCUAGAGUUAGGUACCCGGUUGACCUUUUUGGUCCCGGAUGGAGUAGAGGAGAUCUGGGGCGAAGAGAAGACGAAGGUCAUGGACUUCUCCGCCACCAGUGUGAGAGUUAGGAUUUUGAGGGCCAACAUCACUCAACAACCCUCAGAACCUAACAAUGAAGAACCCGAACUGAGAAAGGAGGGCACGGCACCGAGCGGCGUCAAUACGGAGGAGAAGGAGGGUAUGGACGUCGUCGACGGGGGCGAGCUCUCCGAGUAACAGUCCGGGGACAACAACACUACACACAACUAUCACUAUGAACACACAAAGAACACUACACAAGCACCUACACACAAACACACACACAAACAUAUGCCAAGUAAACCUCCAACACUGCAAGGACGCAAUGUCUGAGCUAGGACAAUAUGUUAGGAGGGCCAAAGUUGAAAUAGCACUGCUGCAAGAACCUUAUGCAUGGAGGAACCGGGUGGCAGGCCUGGGACAUCUGGGGGGAGCUCUGUACUAUGAGGGAAAUGAGACCUUGUCGUGGUGGAGACCUACUUCAUCAAUGACGAAGGGAAGAGAUGCAAGGUGGCGCUGGCGUCCUGCUAUCAGCCGGGCGACGUAGAGACACCUACAAAGGAAUUGGAAGAGACGGUUCUGAGGUAUAGAGG